CCUGCAGGCCCCUGCGAGGGAGACUCAUGGAUGGCUCAUGGAGUCCCGCUGGGUUCCUCGCAUCGGUUCUGCAGUCGACUCAGAGUCGACCAGCACGACAGAUUCAGCUCCUCCGCCAGUAAUCUGCCUCCUCUUAGUGACUUAUGAGACAAAUACGGAUUAUUCCUAGAUGAGCAGCCUGAAAUCACAUAUACGCGACAAUUGACUCGGUGCGAAGUUAUCACUUCUUGGGGAGACUGAGAGUCGCACAUGGACAAAAACCAAAUUAUCUUCAGUGAACUAGUGCGUCUUGAAACUAACCUGCUAUACUGGCCCUCAGGCGUUCUUGGGAGGGCUCUAAUAACUCGACCAUGGCCUCGACUUCGUGAAGACGUGACUCCGCCCGCUCUUCCGCCGUACGUCACCGAUGCGUGCCGCCAGGUGCGCGUCCAGCACUGCCUGCCGCCCGAGGUGCACUUCCCGACGCUCAACGCCAGCUCAACGCGGCCUCGGCUGUGUCGUCGCGCCACGCGGCGAACAUGGGCCGUCACGCGUCAUGGCGUUGAUAAACCUUGCCGCGAGAGGGCCAAGAGGGCCAGCUUGCUUCGGAACGAGCCACGCGUGCGCGCAGUGGUACUGCUGUGUGAGUCCACCAAAGCGGCACUUCUGACUCUCCGCCGCGAAACCUCUCUCCUGGGCACUCUCGCCAUCUCAGAGGUCAUUCCAUCGAUAGUCGGGGCGAUCCAUAUGGAAAAGUAUCAGCGGGGACCACCACUGAGCGGAGUGCGAGUCUCAGCCGGGUUUCUCAAUGCGGGAGACCUUAGCGUGGUCCACUCUUGCCGCCCUCAGACAAACCAUGUGUGGUAUGGUGCGCGCAACGCCACCGUCAUUUUACAGAUUGUAUUGGCGUCUUGUGCCAACCGCACUCAAUGCUCGGCUUGCAAGCAGAGAUCACUGCGCUCGCCCAAUCCCUCCAAACGCGUGUGCCGAGGACUCCUACAGAGUGACGUCCCCUCGGGUCCGAUAGCCCGCGUACCUCUGUCGGAACAUGUGCUACCAGGAAUGCUUCGGUAACCAGCACAGGGGAUGUGGGCAUUUCGUCGUGUCGUAUUACUCUGGCGUCACGAUCGACUGUAAUCAAGCCAACUGCAAAUCGAGUUCCGCGCACAGGCACACGGCGCAAAACUGUGGUUGU